GUGCACAAACUGGGUCCCGCCGGCUCGCUUCUCCUUCUCCAGUGCGGCCCCGAUAAGACGAGCAGAGCCUGGCUAGGGUUCCGAGAUUUCGUCGGCGGAAUCGACCGUCCACGAGCACCGGCCGCCGCCACCUUCCCUCGCCCCCGACGUCGUGCUCCCCGGCGACCUUCCUGGAGCUCCUCAGUCUCCCUGCCCCCUCCUCCUUGAGCACCACCGCUCUCGAUCUCCACUCGCGCCGCCCGCAGAUCUGAUUCAGGGGUUCCCGCCUUUCCCAUCCAGGGUCAGGGUCAUACUCGUCGGCCACCAUGCAGGCUAGUGACAGGUUCAACAUCAAUUCUCAACUUGAGCAUCUUCAAGCCAAGUAUGUCGGAACAGGGCAUGCUGACCUGACCAGAUUUGAAUGGGCUGUAAAUAUCCAGAGAGACAGUUAUGCAUCUUAUGUUGGACACUAUCCGAUGUUGGCAUAUUUUUCCAUUGCCGAGAAUGAAUCUAUUGGAAGGGAGCGUUACGACUUUAUGCAGAAAAUGCUGCUUCCCUGUGGCCUCCCUCCCGAGAGAGACGAAGACUGAGGAGUUGGUAGUAUAGUGCUACCUCCACAGCAGCUUGUGUUCAAAUGCUGUUUGUCACCAAUGUCUAAGUCUAAGGCACUUUGGUGGUUGUCUUUGAACAUCCAGAACAUCUUUAGCACCGUGCACCCUGUUUUAAUUGGUACUCUGUUCAAUGGAUCUCUAUCCCAUUCAGGCUGGUUCGAUUUAUCCGCUGCCUACUAGUUUAAUAUCUGGACGCCUGUGGCUAUCUUUCCUUGUAAAGGCAUAAUGUAAUGUGAUGUCGUAUCUGUAUCUUACUAUCUGUCAACGAUCCAAUCGAACUGCAGCGGCACAUGUUGAAGUUGGGAUGUUA